GGAACGGAGCCUCACGAUCCUUGACCCCAUACCCACACAUUCACGAUGCCUCGAUCGGUCCGUCCAGCUCGGGAGGUCAACGCAGUCCCAGUAGGGCGGUGGAGUCUCCUCGCGGCAAACGGCACUUUACAAGGGCUUUCCAUCACCAUGGAUAUUACUAUCGGACCCUUUCUUUAUCUCGAGAACCCGUCCCUUCUCACCUCUUCUUCUUUUUCUUCCCAUCUUUUGUUCUAGGUAAACCUACUAUCUUGUGCCUACUAGAAACUACACAAUACCCCCCCUUUCUUUGUUUGAAAUAUAACACAAACAGCCGAAUCUCUUAUCAGCUUUACUCGAUCUUUUAUUGUUUACCGUAACGGCGUCUUACAUAUCGUAUCCCGCCUCUUAUCAACCAACAACUUACACCGGCACGGCACACCCCCUUCCACACACACACACACACAGCCACAGGAUAAAGUCCGAACACAGAUAAGCUCCCGCAUCCUGGUGAAUAUACGUCUUAUCCCUGGAUCCCGGUGAACAUUUGUGUUGUGAGCUCGCGAGCUUCUACCACAAGCCAAGCAAGAAGAGGAAUACGAGAACACUCUCAUUCUCCCUUUGGCUUUUGCUUCCUCUCCCUCUCCUAGAACUCGCGGCCUUGUCGGUUUUCACAGAGGGAGCGCCCUAGCCAAAUUCAAACCACGCCCACAACAUAUAACGCGCAACAAUGACGGUAUUAGCCUUCCUCCCGGACGCGGCAGCUGAGCCGCUUGUCGUACUCGUCUCCAACAGGGCCGUUCUCACUCAGCCCGACGACUCGCUCCUCCUCACACCCGCUACCAUCGCCAUCUCCUCCACCACCGGCAAGAUCGUCUUCGUAGCCCCAACCGUCCUGUCGAAAGAAGCGUUCCCCGCGUCGAGCACAUAUGUGGACUAUGGCAACAAGCUCAUACUCCCUGGCCUCGUAGACGCCCACGUCCACCUCAACGAGCCCGGCCGUACAGAAUGGGAAGGCUUCGCAACUGGCACGAGGGCCGCUGCCUCGGGCGGCGUCACUACCGUCAUCGACAUGCCAUUGAACGCCAUUCCUCCCACCACCACACUCGAAGGCUUCAAGGUAAAACUUGCUGCUGCUCAGGGUCAAUGCUGGGUCGAUGUUGGCUUCUAUGGCGGUGUCAUUCCCGGCAACGCCGACCAGCUGCUCCCCCUCGUUGAGGCCGGUGUCCGUGGCUUCAAGGGAUUCCUUAUCGAGUCCGGAGUCGACGAGUUCCCCGCCGUCUCCUCAAGCGACAUUGCCCUCGCCAUGACCACUCUCAAGGACACCCCGACGACCCUCAUGUUCCACGCCGAGAUGCUCCCGCCCAUCACUGACUCGGUCGGCGACGGCGUCACCCGUUCCGAGCCGCCCCUGGCCCCCAAGGGCGAGCUCACCAGCUACUCCACCUUCCUCGAGUCGCGCCCGCCCGCCUUCGAGACCUACGCCAUCGAGGAGAUCCUCUCCAUGGCCGGCCUUGCGCCUCAGCUGCACUUGCACAUCGUCCACCUGUCGGCGACCGAGGCGAUCCCGAUCCUGCGCAACGCCCGCGCCCGUGGCGUCAACAUUACCGCCGAGACGUGCUUCCACUACCUCGGCCUGGCCUCGGACAACAUCGAGGACGGCGACACCCGCCACAAGUGCUGCCCGCCCAUCCGCGAGCAGUCCAACCAGGACAAGCUCUGGGCCGAGCUCACCGCCGGCGACGACAGCUGCAUCCGCACCGUUGUGUCCGACCACAGCCCCUGCACCCCCGAGCUCAAGCUGCUGCCCGACCACCUGUCCGUCCAGCCCGAAUUCGACGAGCAGAACGGCGCCUUGCUCCGUCGCCCCAGCCUCCGCUUCACCGACUCUGGCAUCGACGUCACUCUCCCCGAGGACCUGGAGGAGCAGAACACCAAUAAGACCGACUGCUGCGGUAACCACGAGCACGCCGCCGAGCUGUCCUACGUCCAGCAAGACGCCGCUGCCGGACCCCAGGGCCAGGGCGACUUCUUCGCCGCCUGGGGCGGCAUUUCCUCCGUCGGUCUCGGCCUGCCUAUCCUCCACACCACUGCCACCACCCGGGGCGCUCCGUUGUCGAUUGUCGACGUUGUCCGGCUAUGCUGCCAGGCCACGGCCAAGCAGGUUGGCUUGUCACACCGCAAGGGCGGGCUCAAGGUCGGCAUGGACGGCGACGUUUGCGUUUUCGACGAUGAGGAGGAGUGGGUGUUGCGGGCGGGCGAUAUGAAGUGGAAGAACAAGUGCAGUCCGUGGGAGGGACACCAGUUCAAGGGCCGCGUGCGGGAGACGUGGCUGAGGGGUACAAAGGUCUAUCAGCUUGGUGGGGGUAACGGGGGCUUCGUGAGUGGGGUGCCGGUUGGUGAGGCUAUUACGGAGAGGAGGGUGGUUUAAGGGUUUGGGUUAGUUGAGGGACCAGUUGAUGGAUGAAAGACGCGAGGAUGAGGAUAUGAAGAUUUUAGCAUCGCAUUCUGUUAGCAUCUCUUUUUCGGGUCUGGUUUUGUAUCAUGUCUGGCUGCAGCAUAUUACAUAAGGGGUAUCUGGCGGGUCAUGGCUUCCUGGGGGUUUUUAUCCAUAGCGAGUUUCGCGGUUAUACCAUCAAAUUCAACGAGGCGUUUUGUAAAGCGCUUCUUAUCUCAGA